UAUUUUGGAAGUAUUGACCAGAAGUAGGGCAGCGGGUUUUCAACGAGUUUGACGUUGACACAGGGGAGAGGCUCUGGGUGAGGUCUGUUGUAGUUCGGAAAAUAAUGGAGGAAAUAAGGGAAGUGAAAUGAGUGAAACUUGUGAUUUCAGACAGGGACGACACUAUCAUAUUAGAACCGAACGAAACAGGACCGAGUGAGACCUCUUUCCUUCUGGAGAUGCAUUAUAUUCACACUGGAGUCGUUCCGUUCAUUAUCAUUCCUACACACAAAUAGACGAGCUAGUCUUGACAAAUGGCAGCCCUGAGAACCAAAACUGCAGCCAGCGGGGACAUCUCCCUGAGGGAUGGGAAGAGCAGUGCGGGCUGUCCCUCAGAAGCAGCGGCAAACAGUCGGAUAUACAGCUUGGAUGAGCUGGAGAGCAUGGCCACUGUGGGAACAGGGACCUUUGGUCGAGUCUUCCUAGUUAAGGACAAGAAAAGCAAGGCCUUCUUUGCACUAAAACAGAUGAAGAUUUCUGACGUGAUUCGGCUGAAGCAGGAGCAGCACGUACACAAUGAGAAGGAGGUGUUGACGGAAAUCAGCCACCCUUUCCUCAUAAGGCUGUUCUGGACUCACCAUGAUGAUCGCUUCCUCUACAUGCUGAUGGACUACGUCUCGGGUGGAGAGCUCUUCAGCUAUCUACGCAGUCGCGGGCGAUUCAGCAAUGGCAUGGGCCUCUUCUACACCUCUGAGAUCGUAUGCGCCAUUGAGUAUCUUCACUCCAAAGAAAUAGUCUACAGAGACUUGAAGCCUGAGAACAUUCUGCUGGACAAUGAGGGACAUAUCCGCCUGACUGACUUUGGCUUUGCUAAGAAGUUGUCGGAUAGGACCUGGACUCUCUGUGGAACCCCUGAGUACUUGGCCCCGGAAGUUAUCCAAAGCAAAGGGCAUGGGCGGGCUGUGGAUUGGUGGGCUCUGGGCAUCCUCGUCUUUGAGAUGCUGGCUGGGUAUCCGCCUUUCUUUGAUGACAAUCCGUUUGGAAUCUACCAGAAGAUUCUUUCUGGAAAACUGGAAUUCCCACGGCAUCUGGAUUUCUACGUCAAAGACCUCAUCAAGAAGUUUCUGGUCAUUGACAGAGCCAGACGGCUAGGUAACAUGAAGAAUGGAGCAGAUGAUGUGAAAAAGCACAGAUGGUUCAAGACAGUGGACUGGGAAACUGUCCCUCUGAGGAAACUGAAGCCUCCAAUAAUUCCUAAAGUCUCUCAUGAAGGCGACACAUCCAACUUUGAUGUCUAUCCGGACAAUGACUGGAAGAAAGACCCUCCUGUGCCUCAGAAGGACCUGGAGAUCUUCAAGAACUUCUGAAAAUGGCUGAUGUGUUGUUAGAUGGACAGAACAUUGUUUGAGUAGUAAAGCUGCUGCUCCUGGUACUGUCAUUGAGAUAUCAUCUUAUUUAUCAAAGCAGGGGAGUCAUGUUCUGUUCCCUGAACAUUGACCCCUAAAAUACAAACUGCACAUGAUAAAUGCUGAGAGAUGUAUGAAACAUAAACACAAAUGUUUGCUUUUUAUGUUUUUAUUUAUCUGACUUCGGUCACACCAAUACUGUUUGAACGUUUUAUUUGAGUUGUUCUCUUUGAGCCUACUCAUAUGCAAAAAAAUGUUUCCUUUGAAACCAAAAGACUGUUACUUUCUAAAAUAUUCAGGUCUUUUUUUAUAUUGUUAUGUUUUCUAAUUUGACUCUUUUUAAACUGUUCAUGAAGUCCUGUUGAAGAUGACUCCAGACUGGUGCUGGCUGACUUAUUGUACUGUACGUGCUCAGACACUUUAUUGGAAAUUACGUGACAGGUAGCUCUUAAGAAGGCACCUUCAUCAGUGUGAUGCAGAUGAUGUCACAAGUAGAGUUCCCUCAAUGGCCACGUUCAUGGUCAACAUAAUCCGAGUACAUAUGACAAUAUGUUGAUGAGAGCAGACUUGUAAACACCCUGUCUCCUCUCUCUUAUUUGCCAUCAUACUUCUGCAGCAGCUUCAUUUACAGCCAAAGGACUUAGAUACAGGUAAAAUCUCAUCUUUCCAUCCGAUGUACAAAAACACACAAAACGGUUCUUAUCUCUGACUUUAGAUCAGACUACACUUUUCCUGUUUUAGGUCAGUUAGGAUUACCUAAAUUGGUUCUAUUUGCUAUUUGUCAGGAUUGUGAGAUAUCUUUUAUAACUUUAUUGAAAUUCAGAAGUUUACAUACGCUAAGAUUACUGUUACUUUAAUUGAGAAAUCCAGAAGAUGUCAUAGCUCUGUAAGCCUCUAAUAGGUAAAUUCACAACGUUUAGGUUGAAUAAAGGCACACCUGUUGAUGUAUUUUAAGCCAACAAAUGAAACAUUCUGCUUCCUUUUGUAAAAUCAAUAUUCAGAUGUAAAUUCAGAUGAAGUUUCCAUGUGCAUCUGUACAGUUAUCUGCAAGUAUAAACAGCAUGGAAUGUCUAUCUAUCAUACUGUUCAGGAUGUAGACAGGUUCUGUGUUACAGAAAUAAACAUGUUUUGGUGUAAAA